UCCCUGUCUUCUGCACUUCUUCAAUCGUUGGAGAAAAUGGCAUUAGAAGGUCAGUUUCUGCAAAACGUGGUUGUGUUAAGGCACGGCGAUCGGAUUGACGAUGUAGAUCCCUUAUGGACAGUAUCGGCUCCCCGGCCUUGGGAUCCAUACCUGACGGAAGGGGGUAGGACCCGAGCAUUUUCCACCGGAAGAAAACUGAGAGAGAAGUUUGGGUUCCCUAUUCACAGAGUCUUUACUUCUCCUUUCACCCGUUGCCUCCAGACUACUACUGAGGCCGUCUCUGCUCUCUGUGCUGUUCAUGAUGAUGGUUCCCAGGUUAACGGCGAUAACAUAGAAAUCGAUCCUUCAAAACUAAAGGUCUCUAUUGAGUAUGGAUUGUGUGAGCUCCUAAGUUCUGAAGUCAUCAAAACUGAAUUUCUACCAAAAGAUGGCAACUUUGUUUAUGAAAUGUCAAAGCUUGAAGAGAUGUUACCAGCUGGGACAGUGGAUAGCUCUGUUGAACCUGUUUACAAAGAGUUUCCAAAGUGGGGGGAGUCGAGAAUGGAUGCUAGGGACCGAUAUAAACGGGUUAUUAAGGCCCUUGCAGAUAAAUAUCCUCAUGAGAACUUGUUGCUUAUCACACAUGCUGACGCACUUGUCGGUUCUAUCACUGCAUUACUUGAGGGUGUAACCAUAUCUGGAGGAGAUUAUUGUGCAUAUAUGCAUUUCAGAAGACUAGCCUCCAUCAGUGAUUGCGAGACAUUAAGUGCCAAAGAGUUUGAAUUAAUCGCCGAUUUCGGCAUUCGUUACAGUAUUGUGGGUACCUCUUAGCAAGUUAAUGCAGGCUUCCCUCUGCCAUUGCCUGAUUCUUUUCUUACAAGUUAAAGAACCAGUGUUCAAUGGGAGAUUUGUGUUCCUCAAAAUAAUCACUCAUUUUUUUUUCAGAAAGAAUUUGUGAAAUUUAUUUUGCUUUCUGUUCUUACUACUU